AUCACAGCUGUUGAUCUCUGUAGGAAAGCCAGCAGAGGCCUUUGGGUUCACAGCAGCUCUCUUUGUUGAGAUUGCGUUGCAUUAUGUGGCUUCUGAUUGUCGUCUGUGUGAUGACAGUUGUUGGCGGUGUUCCCAUAAAUCCAACCCAGGAGGCCACCAGUCAUGCUCCAGUUGGUUUCGUCCCCUCAAAUAACACCCAGAAUGUGACUACCGGUAGUCCUGCAACAGGUGUGGUUGCUGUAAUGCUGGGGCCACAGCAAUACGCUGCAGAAACCUUAGAAGAGCUUGAAGGAGACGCAAUUAUCCAUGAGGGAGACAUUGUGAUGUCGGGCGACAGGAAUGCUGUGGAGAGCAUCUGGUCGGACGCCAUCGUACCUUACACCAUCAGCGACGAGCUGGCUCCUCAAGAGUUGAAAAUCCUCAAUGCCUUCAAGAUGAUAUCGGAUGUCACCUGCAUUCGCUUCAUACAACGCACCACAGAGUCAAACUCCCUCCUGUUCACAAGUGGCAGAGGCUGUGCGUCCUAUGUUGGUUGUCAGGGAGGUGUCCAGCUGCUGUAUUACAGCAAGUCAUGUAGCCGGGGCAAUCUCUGCCAUGAGAUCGUUCAUGCUCUGGGGCUGCAUCAUGAACACACCCGCGAGGACCGGGAUCUCUACAUCAGUGUGCAGCGGCAGAACAUCAUACCAGGGAGAGAAGGGAACUUCAUGGUGAAACAUGGAAACACUAUGAACCUGCCUUAUGACCUGGAAUCCAUAAUGCACUAUGGAGAGUAUUUUUUCAGUGUAAAUGGGAGUCCGACGGUGUUGUCAAAGCAGAAUGAAGUGCUCAUGGGUCAGAGAACGCAUCUCUCCAACCUGGAUAUACUGAAACUCAACAAACUCUACCACUGUGAAGAGGGGAAACCAUGAGUAGGCUGGCUGACCUGCAUUUGCUAUGAUUUAAUAAAAUAUAAAAAUCCUG